AUGUCCCACCUAAACGUCAGAAGCUUCGCCGAGGAUGCCAACGCUGAGCCGGGCGUCUACAGCGCAUCGAACGGCGUGGCCAUGCCGCACGCCUACGAGGCCCAGCGCGUCGGCACCGAGGGCCCGCUCCUCCUCCAGGACUUCCACCUCGUCGACCUCCUCUCGCACUUCGACCGCGAGCGCAUCCCCGAACGUGUCGUCCACGCCAAGGGAGGCGGCGCACACGGCACCUACCGCACCACCCACCCGAUCCCGGACCUCUGCUUCGCGCCCCUGUUUGCCGAGAAGACCGAGUGCCCCAUCACGGUCCGUUUCAGCACCGUCGGCGGCGAAUCCGGCUCCCCCGACUGCGCACGCGACCCCCGAGGCUUCUCUGUCAAGUUCCGGACCAAACAGGGCAACAUGGACUGGGUCUACAAUAAUACUCCAAUCUUCUUCCUCCGUGACCCCGCCAAGUUCCCGCACUUCAUCCACACUCAGAAGCGCAACCCGCAGACGAACCUGACCCACGGCGACGACUCGACGCAGUUCUGGGACUACAUGGGCCAGAACCCCGAGUCGGUGCACCAGUUCCUGUACCUGAUGGGCCCGCGCGGCAUCCCCGCCACCUGGCGCCACAUGCAGGGCUACUCUGGCCAUACGUUCAAGUUUGUCAACAAGGAGGGCAAGUGGAAGUACUGCCAGAUCCACAUCCUGUCGCAGCAGGGCACCCAGAACCUGACCAACGACGAGGCCGCCGAAAAGUCGCCCGACGAGCACCAAAAGGACUUGUUCAGCGCCAUCGAGCGGGGCGAGUACCCUAAGUGGGACGUCAAGUACCAGAUCAUGACACCCAGCGAGGCCAUCGACGCCGGCGUCAACGUCAACGACCUGACCAAGACGUGGCCCCGCGACAAGUUCCCGCUGCAGCCGCUCGGCGAGAUCAAGCUUGAUCAGAACGUGGCAAACUACUUUGCCGAGAUCGAGCAGGUGGCCUUCAACCCGGCGCACCUGGUCCCCGGCCUCGAGCCGUCCAACGACCCGGUGCUGCAGAGCCGUCUGUUCUCGUACCCGGACACGCACCGCCACCGCAUCGGCGUCAACUACCAGCAGCUGCCCGUCAACCAGCCCAACCCGGAGCACAAGCACGUCAACUUCCAGCGCGACGGCGGCAUGGCCUUCUAUAACCAGGGCCCGCGCCCCAACUACAUCUCGUCGCUGGCGCCGCCCAAGUUCCUGCAGCGCACCGUCGACCUCGACGCCGUGCACGGCGACUACGAGGGCAACGCCAUCUCUUUCCUCAGUGGUGUGUCCGAGGAGGACUUUGUGCAGCCGCGCGAGCUGUGGCGCAAGGUCUUUUCCGAAGAGGACCGCCAGAACACGAUCAAGAACAUCUCGGGCCACAUGUCGACGUGCACCGACAAGGGCAUCCUCGCCAACGCCAUCGCCGUCUGGCACCAGGUCGACGCCGACCUCGCCGCCGCCAUUGCCGAGCCGCUGGGCCUCAAGGGCAAGUACAAGACCGACCUGCGCGAGGCCGUCUUCAACGGCUCGCACAACUUCCUCGGCCGCGACGUCGGCACCAACGGCCUCAAGACCAAGGGCCCCACGGUAGCCAACAACAUCGACAAGGUCAAGGACGCCGUGUACGGCGCGCGCAAGCCCGACGGCGUCGCCAGCGUCAAUGGCCACGCCGCCAACCAUAGCACGCAGAACGUCGCCGCCAACGGCCACUGA